UUUAUAUCCUUCAAACUUGUCCAUAAAUCAACUCGCAGUAAAACUAGUUAAAUCCGCCUGGUGAGCUAUUUUAAGAGCACCAGAUGCCAGAAACAAAACAUUACUACACAACGAAAUCGCGAUCCCGGUAAAUCGGAAUGCUUGUUACCAGGAAGUAUCCUUAGAUACGUAUAUAAGAACACGUAGUAAAAAAUAUGCGCAUACCAAGACUAAGAUGCAAUCCGAAGAUUGCCAAUUUGUUUUUUGCCUUUCCAUCUUUUUCUUUUUUCUCCUCUUGCAAACCAAGAGCGUGACGAGAACAGAACGAGAGCAGGUCCGUCGCUCGCAUAUUAUCGGCUCGCACGACCAGCUUUAAGGAAACUCGCACUUUCGUUCAAGUUGCCACUCGCGGAAAAUAACAUUGGAGGGGGUCCGACGUCGUUAAAGAAAUUGCGCAGGAGGUUCAGAAGAAGGCCUUCGCUUCGUUUCGCGCGCGAGUUACAAGUCACCGACUAGUGAACGAGAGAGAAUUUUGAGCGGCAGCUCGUCGAAUGACUGCGAGCUAACGCACGACUAUGGACCUAUCUAUCUAUCCCGUCGUCGGUUCUCAGCACGCGUGAGAGGAAAUGUGCAAAUAGAUAUACGCAAGAUCGAAGCUACACGCAUGGACAAACAAUAUGGUACCUUGUGGAAUUUUUGGACAAGAAAAAGUGAAAAAAUCAAACAAACUUCCACGCCUAUUUUUGUCACAAACAGCGUGAUUUUCAAGAGCUAGUAUGGCUUAUCUUGAAUGAAAAUAGUGCGCGCGGUUGAAAGAGCGUUUGUACUCGCGCGCGUGAAUUACCGGUAGUGCUGCUGACCGGUUUAGAGAGGAAGCGAAAAAAGCGUCGUCGCCGAAGAAACGGAAGUGCGGAAACGGAAGAGGCUUCAACAGGAACGUAUUUACUCAUCUGCGUGCUAAUUCAGAUUGCCGCGGCGAACCUGCAGUUACUUGACAGAACAAAGUGAUAUUCAGACGAGAUGACAAUGUCAACAACGACGGCGAACAAAGUGAGUGAGCAAGAGACUUCUGAUGCGAGUAAGCUACAGCAAAAUGGUUGCAACAAGAGUGAAUUGCAGCUCGAGCACAUCAACGACAACAAUAAUGACGAGACUAUUGAGGUGGAAAUGGUAGUACCACCUGAUGGAGGAUGGGGCUGGGUAAUCGUUGCAGCUUCCUUCAUGUGCAAUCUCGUCGUCGACGGUAUCAUCUUUAGUUACGGUGUAUUUCUGAACGAUAUUGCGAAUGCAUUCUCUGAAUCAAAAGCGAGAGUUGCGCUCGUGGGCUCAUUGCAGACCGGAUUUUAUCUCAUGGUUGGUCCUUUCGUAUCUGCCCUCGCCAACCGAUAUGGCUUCAGACUAGUGGCGAUAUUAGGAAGCGUGAUAAGCUGUAGCGCUUUUGUCCUUUCGUACUUCAGCACUUCUAUCGAAUUUCUUUACAUAUCUUAUGGCGCCAUCGGUGGUAUCGGGGCAGGGCUGAUAUAUGUGCCAGCUGUGAUAACCACCGGAUUUUAUUUCGAAAGAUGGAGAGCUUUAGCGACAGGUAUCGCAGUGUGUGGCUCGGGUAUCGGGGCGUUCUUGCUUGCGCCAAUUUCGGAUAUACUUGUAAAAAAUUACGGCUGGAGAGGAGCUCUGCUGUUUCAAGCGGGCAUGCUCCUAAAUUGCGCCAUAUUCGGCGCCAUGUUCCGUCCUUUAAAACCAACGAGAAUCAAGGUGAAGAACACCCCGGAAACCGCCGCGCUCGAAGUGAAAAGUACAUUAAUAGGACAAAACGUGUCAACAACGUCGUUGCACUGUGUGCAGCCGAACAGAAGCCGUUUCUUCGGCACGAAUAAUAAUACGGAAUACCCGACGGCAGCUGAACUUCUCGGCAGCAGCCCUAAUAUAGUAAACGCGACCAAAUCCUUACACUCGUUGCAUAAAGUGUACAUGGAGACUCAGAUUUUGGAGAGGAAACUGAGCACUUCAGAGAAACGGCUGUCCGUGCCGAUAUACCCUGACUUGGACACCGUGAAUAACGAAGAAAAAAUAGCCGAGGAGAACAAUCUGCUCAGUGGCGAUUUGGAGCGGCUAAACGGAAAAGUACCGACGAUCCGUCGACAUACGAUUAGUCGUCUUCGAACGGAUUCGGAGUGCAGCCAGAAGUCUCUUAAAAUGGGAAAACGAAAUCCGAAAGAUCCACAGAGACCAUUCUACAGAGACGACAUCUUUUACGGUGGCUCUUUGAAUAGACUUCCACAUUACAGGUCGCAGCAAUCGUCAGUCGGUUAUCACAUGUCAGUGACACGAUUGCCAACGGCGACGGAUGUGGCAGAGGAGGAAAGCGGAACGUGCUACCUGUGUCCUGAAAGUGUGCGUCGAAUUCUAACCACAAUGCUUGAUCUCAGUCUGCUAAGAAGUCCGUCCUUCCUGAUACUAGCUAUCUCUGGUGGGCUCACUAUGAUGGGCUUUUACACGCCCUUUAUGUACGUGGCAGAUCGAGCCAUAAAGGCUGACAUCAACGAGUCCACGGCAAUGUUCCUUGUUUCGGUGAUCGGUAUCGGCAAUACCAUCGGUCGUAUCGUUUGCGGCUUAGCAAGUAGCUUGCCUGGUGUUAAUGCCCUGGUUGUGAACAAUAUAUUUAUCAGCGUCGGCGGUUUAGUCACCAUAUUCUCCGGCCUUUCUUUGUCGAAGGGUUAUCAAUUCUUUUAUGCAGCCAGCUUUGGCCUCAGUAUAUCCGUCUUCGCUUCUCUAAGAUCGAUUCUCGUCGUGGAUUUACUGGGCUUAGAAAAACUGACAAACGCUUUCGGACUGCUUCUUCUGUUUCAAGGUGUGGCAGCAACUGUGGGCGCACCUCUUGCAGGUGCGUUUAUGGAUGCGACUGGAAGCUACGAAGCCUCGUUCUACCUCUCUGGUAGUUUGAUUCUCAUAUCGGCUGUGAUCUGUUACCCACUGAAGAGGAUCAACAUGUGGGAGAAACGUGGCGAGCAGAAUCCGAUUUCGGCGGAUUUCUCCGCGUCUUGAUUAAAGGCGCAAAACUGUGCCGCAAUCGUGUAUCAUACUACGUGCACUCGUUCGUUUAUUCACGCAAUCAGACGCUAUGCGUUGUACAUAUGAAUGCCUAAUAAUUUAUAGCGAGCGCUCAAGUCGAGAAUAUAAUUAUAUCGCACGCGCUCACUACGUGAGUUAAAUAAAAAACGACCGAUCUGAUAUUUGCAAUCGAUAAACGAUCGAUCGUGUUCGUAUGUGCUCAAGAACAAUUUUAAAAGCACAAUCUGAUCGCGAAAAAAGUGUCUUCCGCAUACUUGUGAUUUACUCGUCGAAGCUUUGAUCGCUUCUUUUGAGAAUAAGAUUUUAUGUCGCAAAGCGACUUGAGAAUUUUAUUCAUGAUCUUACGAUCUUAGAUCCAUUAUCAUCUUACAAUUAUAUAUAAAAUGAAACAAGAUCACAUGAUAGAGAUCAUUUCGUGAAAUAGAAUCCAACUUUCAUUACGCUUAUCCACAUCUUUCAUUAAUGCCAGCAGGCGUGAGACAAACUAUUUUUUAUGCCUCAUGUUUGAGAUGCUAAACUUGGUAAUUGAAUUUGUACUUUAAAUCCAAAAUUUGAAUCGUGAUACGCGAGAAACUUCCGGAAAGUUUUCAAUUAAGAUAAAUUGUUAAUUCGUUGGUUCGGUAUUUAGGUUUUAAACAAUGAUGUGAAAUUAUUAAGAUAAUUGCGACAUAGCAACAUUUACUGCUAAUAAUUUACUACUAAUAAAAAUAAUAGAAUUGUUACUAAAAUGUAACAGUAAAAAUAAUAUUUGUUCUUAUUAGCCGUUGUAUAAUUUGUGACCAUAUAUACAAAUUGUUAUAUAUUUAUUUAAUAAAAUUAAAU